GUUUCGCAGGAAUGCUGACCAAGCGGCCACGCAAGGAGGCGCCACGCGCCGACGACAGCGCUGGCAGCACCGACCUCGAGGAGGCCGAGGCUGCGCGCAAGCAGCGCCGGCGCGAUCAGGUCCGUAUCAACCAGCGCAACCUGCGCCAGCGCCAGCGGAUGCUCAAUGGGCUCGAGGAAGACGUCAAGACGAUCGAGCUCGAGAUCGCCGAGUACGACAAGAACCUCCAGCAGCUGCGCAACCUCAGCGCACGCGACGACUUUUUCGUGUCCAAUUUCGCCCAGUAUUUGCACGUGCACCUCUAUGGCGUGCUGCCGACGCACCCGGGCCGCGUCUCGGAGCAGCGUCGCAUCUCGCGGUUUCUGUUUCGCGACGAUGUCAUGUACGGCGGCGUCUUUGGCCACUCGUACAUUGAAGACCAAUGGCUCAAGUGGGCAGGGUUCCACCCCAAGUUCAAGCUCGUGCCAACAGGGUUCGAAGUCAUGCACAGUAACGAGGCGGCCGUCAUUCGCGUCCCCGUUGAAAUCACGUUUGUCAUGACGCGCCUUACGAUCGAGGCCAUGUACCCGCACAUCCUCGCCCGCGAAGACAUUGUCCAGCAGAUCCUCGGGCAAGAAUUUUCGACCCAAGCUGGCUUUCUCGCAUACUAUGACGAACACGGCCAGAUCGAGCGCAUGGAGACGUGGGCCGACCUCGCGACGACGUUUUCGGAGGCGAUCGGCACGCUCGGCGCCAGCGCCCUUCUUUCCGAUUCCGAGUACCGUGACACGUCGCAUAUUCGUGGUGUCCAGGCGAUCACGGCCAACUUGUACCGGCAACUCGAGGCCAUGCAGCUCGACGACGCCAGUACGCCUCAGGAUGCCGGAGUUGUCAUGUUGUAGUCAAUCUCAUCUUCCAUCCUCCUCAUCAUACUACACAAAUGCACCUUAUUUAUAAGGCGCCUCGCGUCCACCUCGCUCUGUACUCCACUCGUUGCCGACGACGACGUGCAGGUCGCUCCACAGACUACAGUGUAUACGCCAUAUGCCGGCCAGACCGUUGAGCUUCACACAUCGACGGUCCGUACUAGUACUGUCGUGGCUUCCCACCUCGGUGUACUUGUACCUCGAUCUCGCCGCAGCUGCUUGUCGUUUAUGGAAGCCAGUCGAUCGGGUGCAUGUCUAGCCCCAUCUCCGC